GUUCUCAUUAACCCGUCCUGUUCUGUGCUCUGUUCUCAGUCGUUCUCCAAAGGAACCUCUCUGCCCUCCUGAAGGAUUUUUAUUCAGAGUUUCCUGAACAGCCUCAUUUUUCUGCCUGGUUGUGGCUCGUUGGAGAGAAAAUGAUCCCUUCAUCGUCCUCCAUCCUUCAUCCGCAGACAGACUCCUCGUCUUCAUCAUCUUUACUGCCGCCUCGCUGCUCUUCAUCAUCCCCCUCUUCAUCCUCAGCCGAUGAUCUACAGACUGAAACCAGAACACCUGAGAGACAACAUCAUCUGUUAUGGAGUCACUGAGAGGAGUCAUGGAGGCGACUCAGAGUCGAUACGUUCACCUGCUGCAGCCGAUCAGAGAAUUAACCAAAAACUGGGACAUUGACCUGGCAUCUGAGCUCAACGACUACUUAGACGAGCUGGAUGAGAUGUGCAUCACCUUCGAUGGAGGAAAAACCAGACUGAACUUUGCAGAAGCUGCUCUGUUGAUCCAAGGAUCAGCCAGCAUCUACAGCAAGAAGGUGGAGCUGCUGCACAGUCUCGUUUUCCAAACUCUGGAGUUCAUCAGCGACAGGAACAGGAAACGGAACAAACAGGUGGCAGCGUCUCAGGACGAUGACGGAGCGACGAAUCACCAUGACGACGACGACCAGGACGAAAUGGUGGAGGUGAUUCCUCUUCCUCCUCAGUCUCUGAUUCCUCCUGAAACUCGUGAGAAGCAGAAACUUCCUCUGAUCAGGCGACAUUGUGUGCAGUCAGAGGACUUCAAGAUCAACCUGUUCAUCCCGGAGACGAGACUGAUCCUGCUGAGGCGCCGAUCGACACGCCGACAGGUUUCUGAUGCUUGGCGAGAACAACUCCAGCGGGUUCACCUGCAGCAGCUGCUCACAGAGAGGUUGUUUGUUGAGCUGAUCUUUGCUUUUGCUGCUAAAGCUCCGGUUGGUGGAGCUGAAGUGGAGCUGAAGGAUUUGACGAUAAAACCGUUAAAAAACCGGGUACGUCACCACUCUGCUGGUCUGACGGCCGUCUUUUAUCGGUUGUGUUUUGUUUUAUCGUUGCUGACGGUUGUUUGUUCCUCAGGAAAGUGCUACAAGGUUCCUGACGGUCUGGACGACGGAGGGAAACGGAAAAGAAAGCCUUCUGCUCUGCAGGACUUUGGCAGCUGGAUCAGAGGAACCUAUGAUCCGUCUGAACACAAACUGAAGAACGGACCAAGUUUUGCAGACCUGAUCUACAUUUAUUUGACCACGAUGGAACAAAGACUGAAGAACUCUAGGAGGAAGGGUUUGGUCGUUUCUGAUGACGAGAUGAGGACGACGUUCCUGCAGAGGGAGGGGGCGGAGCUAAACAGCCAGAGGGAGGAGCCUGUGGACGGGUUGAUAUCGCCUGACCUGCCAGAUGAAUGUCCAAGAGGUGGAGACGACGAGAACUUUGAUAACUUGGAGGUUUUUCUUGACGAUGGUGACGGAGGAGCAGACUUCAUAUCUCCUGAAGCUCACAGAGACGAGCUGAGUUAUGAAGAUCUGGUGAUGCUGCGAGUGGAGCAGCUGGUGGCCAACAGUCCCUACACUCAGGAAACGGCUCUAUCCCGACGGGUCAAAGACUGGGAGGAGAAGAUCCGACCUCAUCUGCAGCUGCAGGAGGAACGUCCGACGUUUGACAUCCACAACUACGGAGAUCGAGUGGGUGGAUCUCUGGGCUCCGUCGGCCGUCGGCGGUUCUUCUCCUCCAUCGUUCACGGUUUGGAUCCAACGGAGGUCUGCAGGUUCCUGCUGGCAUCACUGCAGCUGGCCAACGACGGGACGGUGCAGAUCGACAGCGCUGCAGGACUCCAGGACAGUUUGGAUACGAUGAGUUUGACUCUCCUCAGCACUCAGAGAGCGACGGACCGCUUCAAGACCCUGACUGACUCUAGUUGAAGAUCACUGAUCCUGCUGCUCCUUCAUUCAGGCCUGUUCACCUUCAACCCUCAAGAUCAUGUUGUCUCCAUGGGAACUCCUCAGUUCGCCCCCUCAUCUUUUUAUAUAUCAGUAUUUUUUAAAUUGACAUCCAUGUGUUUGCAAGAGCUGUGUGGAUCUUUGUAACAACACUUUCCAAAGGUUGUAUUUUGUAUCAUUUGUAUCUUUAAAUUUAGGACAUCAGAUGAUCCAUCGCUCCAGAAAUUCCAAAUUUUCCACAGAAACUCACCAAAGUAGAAAAUAUGCAUCUCCUUCUUGUAUUCAGUUUCUCAUAAUUCUGAUUAACAGGUAAGAUUGUAGAUGGUGAGGAGAAAUUUUUCUUUUUUCAACAAAGUACUUUGAAAAAUAAAUAUCUGCACAGACACGUUAUGCAAACAGGAAGUUUAAAGUUGCCAUAUUUUCUUAGUUACAUUUGGAAAACCAUUUUUGAAACUACGGAAGUUUGAUGGAAAUAUCUUUUUUUCCUUCUAUGAAGCAUAAUAUAAAGCACGGUGUAGCAGCAUCAGACAUCUUUAACCGUUUCACACUUUAAUUCACCCAUAAUCAGUAAUUACUUGAAUAAAAUGUAUUGCAGCAAAAAUA